CGGACCCGGGGGUUCCUCGCCCCCUUACCUCUCCGCUGCCGCCUCCCCCGCCGCUCUCCCCAAACACUGCCCGGAACCGGCGCAGGUUGGUGCCGAUGGCGGCCGAGACCUGCAGCGCCGCGUCGAAGCCCGGGCCCACCCGGAGCAGGGCCGGCCCUGAGGAGGCUGAGGACGAUGACGAAGACGAAGACGAGGCAGACGACGAAGAGGCUGCUGAGGCGGCGGCCGCUCCCCCUGGAACCCCAGCCCCGCUGCUUCCCGCCGCCGCCGCCACCGCUGGGGGGGAGGGGGGCGCCCCGGGGCCGCCACCGCCGGCCGGGGGCCCGGGGGGAAGCAGCAAGGCCGGGACGCGUUGCCGCGGGGCGCCCCCUAGGCCCCGGCGCCCCCCGCCGCCACCGCCCCCGGUGGUCCCGGGUCGGGCGGGGAAGCGCCACCGACAGCUGUGCGCCAUGUUCGCCCCAAAUACAACGAAAAAUCAUUUGCUGCUCAGAAGAGAACGGUACUGACAGAAUAUAUUACUCAGGCGUGUGACUAUUCAGUGUUCAUCUGUGAUACGGCGGUCUACCAGGCGUUCCAAACACAGCAAGCCCUCGGAAGCCAAGCCACCACGACAAAGACGACUGCCGACAGGCACCGCUACCUAUGCGGACUGGGGCACGGACAUUGAUCCCUACGUUCCAACUUCCCUUCGCCGGACGCAGGCUUCUCUAGGAUCCGACCAAGUCGUUACAGAGGCAGCAUGAAAACAGAGGAAUCUCCACUGAAACAAGGCACGCGUGGAGGAAAGGUCUACAGAACAAGAGAGGUCAAGAAAAACGUAAAGGGAACUGAGCACUGCUGCCCUUCAAUACGGAGAAAAAUGAUCACAGUAUGAGCUGCAGGUGGCAGAAGACACAUUUCUUAACCAGCUUUUAUUGAGAACUGAUUCCUGAACCAACUCAGCAUGGCCUAUAGAGGAGGAGGUGAGCAUGGCCAGACCCCCUCAGUGACCUCUUCCCAGUUUAGCCCUCGAAGUCUUUCCACCAACAGCACCCCAACACAUAAUAUAUGCAUGGUGUCUGACUUUUUCUACCCAAACAUGGGAGGUGUGGAAAGCCACAUUUACCAGCUCUCUCAGUGCCUCAUCGAGAGGGGGCACAAGGUCAUAAUCGUCACCCAUGCGUACGGAAAUCGAAAGGGCAUCCGUUACCUCACCAAUGGCCUCAAAGUUUAUUACCUGCCUCUCAGAGUCAUGUACAACCAAUCCACAGCCACGACUCUCUUUCACAGUCUGCCAUUGCUCAGGUACAUAUUUGUUCGGGAGAGAGUUACCAUAAUCCAUUCCCACAGUUCCUUUUCUGCCAUGGCUCAUGAUGCCCUCUUCCACGCCAAGACAAUGGGGCUUCAGACAGUCUUCACAGACCAUUCCCUUUUCGGAUUUGCUGAUGUCAGCUCGGUGCUCACAAACAAGCUUCUAACUGUGUCGCUUUGUGACACAAACCACGUCAUUUGUGUCUCUUAUACAAGUAAGGAAAACACUGUCCUACGAGCAGCACUGAAUCCUGAAAGAGUGUCUGUCAUUCCUAAUGCUGUGGAUCCUACUGACUUCACCCCAGGGCCACUUGGGAGGCAUGACAACAGGAUAACUAUUGUUGUGGUGAGCAGACUUGUUUACAGAAAAGGCAUCGACCUGCUCAGUGGGAUUAUACCUGAACUCUGUCAGAAAUAUCCCGAGUUAAAUUUCCUAAUUGGAGGAGAGGGACCAAAGAGUAUAGUUUUGGAAGAAGUACGGGAAAGAUACCAACUACAUGACAGGGUGCAUCUUUUGGGAGCUUUAGAACACAAGGAUGUCAGAAAUGUCUUAAUUCAAGGCCAUAUUUUUCUUAAUACCUCCCUGACCGAAGCUUUCUGCAUGGCAAUCCUGGAAGCCGCCAGCUGUGGUCUACAGGUCGUCAGCACCAAGGUUGGUGGGAUUCCCGAAGUCCUUCCAGAGAAUCUUAUUAUUUUAUGCGAACCUUCAGUAAGAUCUUUGUGUAAAGGGCUGGAAAAAGCUAUUUUCCAAGUGAAGUCAGGGAUGUUACCGGAUGCAGAAAAUAUCCACAAUGCAGUAAAGGCUCUCUACACCUGGCGGAAUGUGGCGGAGAGAACCGAGAAGGUGUACGAGAGGGCGGGGAAGGAAGCCGUGCUGCCAAUGCAUAAGAGGCUGAACAGGCUCGUCUCUCACUGUGGCCCACUUACAGGCCACAGCUUUGCUUUGCUGGCUGUGUUCAGCUAUCUUUUCCUCAUGUUCCUGAGAUGGAUGACUCCCGAUUCGGUCAUUGAUGUGGCAAUAGAUGCCACUGGGCCAAGGGGAGCGUGGGCUCAUGAGUGUCCUCAUGAUACAAAAGGAGACGAGACUGACAAGGUAUCCAAAGGCAGGUGGAAGCGAGUCUGAACUGUAAACUUUGGCAGUUCUAUCAACACAGUUGAAAAUAACCUUGUUCUUUUGUUUUUGGGCUUUGAUGUUGACUUGACAAACAAUGCUAUCUCUGUAGCAUUUACUGUUUCAUUUGAAGAAAGCGAAACACUCACACGAUUCCUGAUCUUAGAAACUCCUUGCACUUCUUUAACUUUAGGGAGACUGGUUUGGCCAGUCAGGUAUGAAAGUUUUAGAUUACUGAAAUCCCUUCAGUGGAGAUGUUUUAACAUGACAUGUUGGGAGUCUUGGGUGCUGGGUUAAUUCUGGCCAGUUUUUAACAUCAUGCCAUCAAUUCAACAUCUACCAGACACAUACAAGCUUUCUUUAAGGAGAUAUAAAUAUGUGAACUAUUUUAAGUCAAGCUGUUGUUUCUUUAUUGGGUCCUGAGAGCAUACUCUUGCACAUGGGUCCACUUUUUUUUUUUUUUACUAUGUAUACAAUGUUAGAAGAGGCCAUGAGAUCUCAUUAUAGAUGGUUGUGAGCCACCAUGUGGUUGCUGGGAACUGAACUCAGGACCUCUGGAAGAGCAGCCAAUGCUCUUAACCUGAGCCAUUUCUCCAGUCCAGCCAACAUGUUUUAAGCACCUGCUCUGUAUGAAAUGAGGGACUAGACAGUACCUGCCACUGAGGACUAGUUAAUGUGGAGUGGCAACAGUUACCAUGCCCUGAAUGCUCUGCUACUUAAUGUGAGGACAGUGCCACCAUCACAAACCUACUUAGUGCCUCUCUAACCCUGCUGUAUGCAUUCUCCUAAUUCUCCCAGGUGGACACCUCAUAUCAUGUGUGGAUGAAGAGCUUCUGCUUGUUAAGUCCCAGGAGCCAGUACUAGUACUACUACUACUGUACUAGUACUGUACUAGUAGCUGAUACUAGUGUAGGCUUAAAAAAUUACUUAUUAUUGUUGUGUGUGUAAGACAUGUAUGUAGGUUAAAACAAUGUUUCUAUAUACAGACCCUGAUUCUAACUGUCAGUGUAUGUGGAAACACAUCGUUCCACCCAGCUACUUACAAUUGCUUUUUUUUUUUUUUUUCGAGACAAGGUUUCUCUGGGUAACAGUUCUGGCUGUCCUGGAACUCACUUUGUAGACCAGGCUGGCCUCAAACUCAUAGAGAUCCGCCUGUCUCUACCUUCCAAGUGCUGGGAUUAAAGGCAUGCACCACCAUCACCCGGCUGUAUUGCUUUUUUUAAAAAAUUGCAAUGUUUUUGAUGUUACAGUUAUACACAUAUAAACCAAGGCUGUUAAAAUAUGUUCAUGACCAAAAAUAAAGAUGAGAAUGACAUUUUAAACAAACAAACAAAAAUGUAAUUGUUUAAGUUUUUAUUACAUUUCUUUAGCAGGUGUAUGUUGGUUGCAUGCUUACUACAGAGCACAUGCAUGGUCAGAGGACACCUUGCUGUAGUCUUCUUUUUUUCCACUAAGAGGGUUCCAGGGACCGAACUCAGGACAUCAGGCUUGGAAACAGGUGCCUCUAGUCACUGAGCCCUCUCGACAGCCCCUAACUGUAGUUUCAAUGGGCAUUUUCC